AAAUAAUUUUUUUUUUAAAAAGUAAAGCAUAAAUCUAUAGAAAGCCCAGAUAUCGAUCAACAGGAAAAUGGAAAAACUAGUAUAUUCAUACAGUGGAAUAUUACUCAGCAACAAAAAGGAACCAGCUACUAAUAAAGCAACAUGGAUGAAUUUAAUUUAAGGAAAUCAUUAUGCUCAGUGAAAGAAACUUGUACACACAAGAAUACAUAACAUAUAAUUCCAUUUAUAAGAAAUUUUAAAACAAUCUGUGGUGAAAAAAAAAUUCAGAGAAGAGUUGCCUAAGGAAUGAGGAUGGGGGGGAAGGAUUGAGGAUGGGGAUUGACUAGGAAGGAAGUAACAUAUGAGGGAACUUUCUAGGCGAUGAUAAUGUUCUUAGAACUUUGUGCAAUAAAGGAAAUGUCCUAAAUCUAUGUUGUCUAAUGCAGUAGCUACUAGCCACAUGUGGCUGUUGAGCAUUUGAAGUGUGGCCAGUGGGAUUCAAAAACUGAAUUUUAAAUUUUAUUUAAUUAAUUUGAAUUUAAAAUUAGCCACAUGUGACGAGUGGCUACCAUACUGGACAGCAGAGUUUAUAUCCUGAUAAGGGUUGGGCUGCACAGAUAUUUGUAUUUGUCAAAACUCUUCUCAUGAUAAGCCUAAGAGCUGUGCAUUUUACCAUAUGUAAAGUUUACAUUAAAAAGAUAAGCAUACGGGUGCCUGGGUGGCUCAGCUGUUAAGCAUCUGCAUUCAGCUCAGGUCAUGAUCCCAGGGCCCUGGGAUCGAACCCCACAUCGGGCUCCCUGAUCCACGGGAAGCCUGCUAAUGCCUCUCCCACUCUCCCUGCUUGUGUUCCUGCUCUCACUGUCUCUAUCUCUCAAAUAGUAAAUAAAGUCUUAAAAAAAAAAAAAAGAUAAGCAUAAAAAAGAAAGAUAAGCGUAGGGGAGACUUGGCUGUCAAUUAGCAUCUGACUUAGACUUGGGUCAUGAUCUCAGGGUCCUAGGAUGGAGGCCCACAUAGGGCUCCCCACUCACCAGGGAGUCUGUUUGUCCCUCUCCUUCUGGCCCUCCCCCCACUUAUGCCCUCUUUCUCUCAAAUAAAAAAAAUAUUUUUUUAAAGAUUUUAUUUAUUUAUUUAACAGAGAGAGGGACAGCGAAAGAGGGAACACAAGCAGAGGGAGUGGAAGAGGGAGAAGCAGGCUCCCCACAGAGCAGGGGGACUCUAUCCCAGGACCCUGGGAUCAUGACCUGAGCCAAAGGCAGACACUUAACUGAGCCACCAAGGUGCCCUAAAAUGUUUUUUAAAUAGGAAGGUAGGUAGGUAGAUAGAUAGAUAAGCAUAGGGGUACCUGUCUGGCUCAAUCAGUAGAGCAUGCAACUCUUGAUCUCAGGGUUGUGAGUUCAGGCCCCACGUUGGCCAUGGAGCCUACUUAAGGAAGAAAACAAGCAUAAACUAGUUAAUGCUAUGCAUGUUGAAGUGUUUAGAUGUGAAACGUUCUGUUUUCUGCAACUUUAAAAUACAUAACAGAUGAAUUCAUGGAUGUUGAGAUGGACAGACGACUAGGCAUGUGAUAAAUACAACAAAAUAUUAUAGACUUUUGAUGGUGGGUAUAUGAGUGUUAAAGUUCUUUCAACCUUUCUGUAUAUGUUGGAACAUUUUCAGAAUAAAAUGUUGGGGGGUGCCUGGGUGGCUCAGUGGGUUAAAGUCUCUGCCUUCGGCUCAGGUCAUGAUCCCAGGGUGCUGGGAUCGAGUCCCGCAUCGGGCUCUCUGCUCAGCAGGGAGCCUGUUCCCUCUCUCUCUCUCUCUCUGCCUGCCUCUCUGCCUACUUGUGAUCUCUGUCAAAUAAAUCUUUAAAAAAAAAGAAUAAAAUGUUGGGGUCACCAAGGGCUGAGAGGAGAAAGGAGUAGGGGGUUAUUAUCUAAUGAGUAAAACUUUCUGUUUGGGAUGAUGAAAAUUUUCUGGAAAUAGUGAUGAUGUUUAUGCAACAAUCAGGUACAUCAAGUACUUCAUGGGAAUGAGUUGUACACUUAAAAAUAGUUAGAUGGUAAAUUUUAUGUAUAUUGUAUUUUUUUUUUUAAAGUUCAAAGCUCAAAAGAAAAAAGUAUUGGGGAAAAAUCAAUGUGGAAGUGUCUGUGCCUUCUCUAGAGGUAGUCUGGGGUACUUCACAGAGGGAAAGGGAAAGGGAGUAGGUUGGUUGUGAGUGUGCCAAGCCCAUUAUAAGAAAAGGGUAAUGGGGGGCGCCUGGGUGGCUCAGUGGGUUAAGUUGCUGCCUUCGGCUCAGGUCAUGAUCUCAGGGUCCUGGGAUCGAGUCCCGCAUCGGGCUCUCUGCUCAGCAGGGAGCCUGUUCCCACUCUCUCUCUCUCUCUGCCUGCCUCUCCAUCUACUUGUGAUUUCUCUCUGUCAAAUAAAUUAAAUCUUUUAAAAAAAAUUAUCUUAAAAAAAAAAAAAAGGUAAUGGGAAGAGAGAACAGAGGCUGUGGAAACAGAACGGGGUUUAUAAUCCCAUUUUUCUCACUUUCUGGCUGUGUGACUGUACUUGUUCUUAGUGCUAUUGCUCUAACAAAUUAUCACAAAUUUAGUGGCUUAAAACAACACAAAUUUAUUAUCUUGAGUUCAGGAGGUCUGAUAUGUGUCUCACUGGGCCAAAAUAAAGAUCUGUGUUCCUUCUAUAGACUCUUAAUAGGCAGGAACAAUAUUUCUCCUGGUUUUUUCCUAACAGUUUUAUUGAGAUAUAAAUACAUACCAUACAGUUUACCCAUUUAAAGCAAACAAUUCAGUGGUUUUAGUAUAGUCACAGAGCUACACAAUCAUCACAUUUUCAUCUCUCACCAUUUUUAUAUAUGAGGAAACAGAGGUUUGAGACAUUAAGGAAACUCCCUUAGAGAAACCUCUAACUGGCAGGGCUGGGGCGCGGCAGGGGCUUUCAGGAGCUGAGAUUCCAGUGCACGCCUAGAUUCCCUUCAUGAAGUUCGACUAGUCCCCUGGGAGCAGUGUGGUGCAGUAAACAGCAGAUGUUCACACCAGAUCUGCAGAGGCGGUGGCGAUGCUAUCGGGCACCCAGGCAGCGCCUGCGGGAUUCGAGGACGCGGAGCUGCGGUGCCGCGUGGCUCUGGAGGAGCUGAGCCCGGGCGGGCAGCCGCGAAAGCGCCAGGCCUUACGCUCUGCGGAGCUGAGCCUGGGGCGGAAUGAGCGCCGCGAGUUGCUGCUGCGGCUGCAGGCGCCUGGGUCCGAGGGGCGGCCGCGCUGCUUCCCUCUGCGGGCCGCUCGUCUCUUCACGCGCUUUGCGGCGGCCGGACGCAGCACACUGCGGCUCCCCACCGACGGCGUCCCCGGGGCAGGCGCUGUGCAGCUGCUGCUCUCCGACUGUCCCCCCGACCGCCUGCGACGCUUCCUGCGCACGCUGCGCCUCAAGCUGGCCGCGGCCCCAGGGCCCGGACCGGCCUCCGCCCGGGCGCAGCUGAUGGGACAGCGGCCCCGCGACUUCGUCACCAUCAGCCCCGUGCAGCCCGAGGAGAUGCAGCGCGCGGCGGCCACCCGGGUCCCGCAUGCCACGCCAGUGAAGCGGCCCCUGGAACCCCAGGCGGGAGCCAAGCCCAGCACUGAAGCCCCAAGAUGGCCCUUGCCUGUGAAGAGGCUGAGCUUGCCCCCAACAAAACCACAGCUUUCUAAGGAGCAGGCUGCUGUGCUAAGGGUUGUCCUGAAAGGCCAGAGCAUCUUCUUCACUGGGAGUGCAGGGACAGGGAAGUCUUAUCUGCUGAAGCGUAUCCUGGGCUCACUGCCUCCCACAGGUACUGUGGCUACGGCCAGCACUGGGGCGGCAGCCUGCCACAUCGGGGGUACCACGCUCCAUGCCUUUGCAGGCAUCGGCUCAGGCCAGGCUCCCCUAGCCCAGUGUGUGGCCCUGGCCCAGCGGCCAGCUGUGCGGCAAGGCUGGCUGAACUGCCAGCGGCUAGUCAUCGAUGAGAUCUCCAUGGUGGAGGCUGACCUGUUUGACAAGCUGGAAGCAGUGGCCAGAGCUGUCCGGCAACAGGACAAGCCUUUUGGAGGGAUCCAGCUCAUCAUCUGUGGGGACUUCCUACAGCUGCCACCUGUAACCAAGGGAUCCCAGCCCCCGAAGUUCUGCUUUCAGGCCAAGAGCUGGAGAAGGUGUGUCCCAGUGACUCUGGAGCUGACCGAAGUGUGGAGGCAGGCAGACCAGAACUUCAUCUCUCUGCUGCAAGCUGUCAGGCUGGGAAGGUGCUCAGACGAAGUGACCCGCCAGCUCCAGGCCACAGCCUCCCACAAGGUGGGGCGAGAUGGGAUUGUGGCCACAAGGCUCUGCACUCACCAGGAUGACGUGGCCCUCACCAAUGAGAGGCGACUACAGGAACUACCAGGUGAGAUGCACACCUUUAAGGCCAUGGACAGCGACCCUGAGCAAGCUCGAACCCUGGAUGCCCAGUGUCCUGUUAGCCAGAUUCUUCAACUAAAGCUGGGUGCCCAGGUGAUGUUGGUAAAGAACUUAGCAGUGUCCCGGGGCCUGGUGAAUGGCGCCCGGGGCGUGGUCACUGGGUUUGAGACUGAGGGGAGAGGGCUGCCCCAGGUGCGGUUCCUGUGUGGAGUCACUGAGGUCAUCCGUGCUGACCGCUGGACGGUGCAGGCCACAGGGGGCCAGCUCCUCAGCCGGCAGCAGCUGCCCCUCCAGCUGGCCUGGGCAAUAUCCAUCCACAAGAGCCAGGGCAUGUCCCUGGACUGCGUGGAGAUCUCUUUGGGCCGUGUGUUUGCCAGUGGCCAGGCCUACGUAGCCCUUUCCCGGGCCCGCAGCCUACAGGGCCUGCGCGUGCUGGACUUUGAUCCCAUGGUGGUUCGUUGUGAUCCCCGUGUGCUGAGCUUCUAUGCCGCCCUGCGGAGGAGCAGGGGCCUCAGCCUGAAGUCUCCAAAUGAUGAUGAGGCAGCCUCAGACCAAGAGAAUGAGGACCCAAACCUUUGAGCCUCAAAGAGAAGACAAAUGGUGGUCUCCCCUUCUACCUCCUCCCUAGUGGGCCAGGGCUCCUGGAAAUAACUGGGGGAGGAUAGCCAGUGUCUCUUUCUGCCUUCUGCAGGGCUCUCAGUCUCCUGGCAGGGCACAAGGGAGAGCACUUUCCACCCAUUUGCCAGCUGUGCCUCAGUUUCUCUCCUUGUCCUGGGUGAGCUACUUCCAGGAAUAGGAGAAACCCUUUUCAGGCCAGUUGGGAAUGGGCCUAUGGUAGUACCUGGUGUUCUAGAACAAAGCUGUCUGUGAGGGCUGGCCCAGGGCCAGGCGGUUGUGAAUGGUGCUUUCUUGGAGCUGCAGAGGGGAGAGGCAGUGAAGACAGGUACUCCAGGAGCAGGAAUAGGCUAUAGGAGCCCUGGACUGGGAGACUCUGGGCAAAUACAGGCCCCAAACAGAGAAGGGAACUGGGGUUAGUUUCAUAGGUAGGCCCAGGCUACACAGGCCAGGACAAACCCCUUCCUGAGCCUAACCUGAGGACACUCAAUGCAAACCAUGUGCCUGUAUCUUAAGCUCCUUUUUUGGAGAAGAAAUAGUAUUUAGGGGUAUUGAGAUGGAUGUUCUCAGAUUACAUUUAUUUAGGCCAAAUAAAUUUGUGAGUUGUAUAAGGACUAUGAGUUGAGUCAUCUGCUCUCUUUAAGAAGGCAUCCCUGCCUGGGAGACGAGCUACACCUGUAGCCAGGGCCCUCUCCCCAUGGGUGCACACAAGGUGUUUGCUACAUCAUGACACCCUUAUGUGAGUUUUUGUUAGGAUCACUGGUUAUUUGGAAAGCUGAGUUACCCGAGAUUGGUGACUCACAAUGAAAUGACAAGGUGAAUCACUGUUGCCCAGGGUUCAGACAAGGACACAGAAGAGAAUUCACACGGCAGGAUAUGGGCCUUCCGUCUCCUCUCUGGUUGCAUAGUCAUGGGGGUUUCCCAUUCUUCCCAUCCACUCUCCAGAGGAAGGCUGGAGAGAAGUUAGCAGGUGAACAAGUUGGAGAAAGGCAUUUAGGAAAAGGGAACUGUACGGUACAGAGGCACAGAGGUGUGAAAGAUGGAGCUUAACGUUCUGCUUUAUUAGACUCGAAAGCAAGACAAAAUGGCAGUUGGGUGAGUCCGGCAUAUUCCUAAGGGUGCUCAACAUGGGGAGGGGUGGAUAGAACCCCUCUGGGGAGAAAGAGGGUCUCUUGGAGUCCCACUUCCAGCUAAGCACCACUUGUAUCCUGGGCCUGAGAGCUCUGCCCUCAGGCCAGGCGUGACCUGCCUUGGAUGGUAAUCAGCAACUUACAGUUCUAUCUCCUAGAAUGAGCCAAAGCCCUUGGGAUGGAGAGACCUGGCUUAGAUGUCUGAGUUCCCCCAUGGCACUCCACACCAUGACUCCAGAAAGGAAAUACUUCACAAAAUGUUUGAUAGGGGUGCCUGGGUGGCUCAGUGGGUGAAGCCUCUGCCUUCAGCUCAGGUCACGAUCCAAAGGUCCUGGGAUCAAGCCCCCGAGUCGGGCUCUCUGCUCGGCUGGCGGGGAGCCUGCUUCCCCCACCCUCUGCCUGCCUCUGCCUACUUGGGAUCUCUUUCUCGCUUUAUAAAUAAAUAAAAUCUUAAAAAAAAAAAA